CGAAAACACAUCGACCGAGAGACACACAAAGAGGGGAAACACACAAACCAACCGAAUCCUCUUGAGCCCACCAAACCCUAAUUUCGACGAUCUCAUGACGAAUGACAAUCAGAUCGAAAAAUCUCACCACCGCAAGCACCUCCGUUCGCCCUCAUCCUCCGACGAAGCCGAUAAAUCAUCGAAACGCCACAAGCACCGUCACCACAAGCGCCAUCACCGACAUCGCCGCGAUAAGAAGCGCGGAGAUGAGGCAGAGCUGAUGGAUGUUACUCCGAUUGGAGUCAGUAACGGCGUUGGGGACGACGUCGAAGAAGGGGAGAUUCUAGAUGAAGAAGGGAUCCUUAAUGAUAAGAUUGUUGAUUCCGAUGGAGAGUCAGGCGAAAUCAAAUCCGGUCAUCUGCCUGUGCUUAUUGUUUCUGGUGCUGGAAACGCGGAGGAGAGUUUCAACGGUGCUCUUACUCGUGAGUCUAAAAGGGAGGAUAAGAGGUUGUAUAAAGAAUCUGGGGGUUCUUCGGACAACUCUGAAGAGAAGCACAAGAGUCGUAACUGGUCCCGGCAGUCUAAGGAAGUACGUGCGCGGAGUAGAUCUAAGUCGCAUGAUCGGGAGAGGGAAACUUCAAGGUCAAAGAUUGUUGCCGAGGAUGAGUUUUCGGUCAGAGGAAGACGUCGUGAUUCUAGUAGGGAGUAUCAUUAUGACAGGGUUGACUCAAGGAGGGCUGAGGAAAAAUAUCAUCGACGUGGGCGAUAUGAAGAAGAUGACAGGGAAUAUAGUCGAGAAGUCUUGGAAAGAGAAAGAAGUAAGGAGAGGGAUAUGGACAGGGAGGGAAGCAUAAGAGAUAGGGAUUCAGAAGGAAGUAAACAGAGAGAGAGAGACAUUGAUAGGAAAAGCGAAAGAGAACGAGAGAAAAGGAAGGAGAUAGAGGCUGACCGUGAGAGGAGAAAAGACAAGGAACGGGAGCGCAGCAUUGAUAGGGACAGGAGAAGGGAGAGGGAAGGAAGAGAUAGAUACAAUGAAAGAGGUAGGAGCGUCGAUAUGGAUAGGAGAAGGGAGAGGGAAGGAGAUUAUUUACGAGAUAGAGACUAUGGAAGAGGUAGGAGUAGAGAUAAGACUAGAUAUGAUAGCCGAGAGAGGAUGAGAGAAAAGGAAAGGGAGAGUGACAAAGGAAGAGACAUCCAGGCUGAUCGGGAGAAGCAUGAAAGUGUUGAAGUGGACAACGGUGAAAGGUCAAAAAAUGAGAAUGAUCAAGAUGAUAAUGCCAAAGAAGUUAUAUGGAAAUCUCCGGAAGAAAUAGAAGAAGAGGAAUUAAAUAGAAUCAAGGAGAGCAGGAGGUUAACGGAAACCAUACUGGCUAAUCGUAGAAAGAAGCCCGAGCAGCAAAAUAAACUUAUUUCGCAGGAUACGGGGAAAGAUGUCGUUCAAGAAAACAGUGCUCCAGAUUCGGCUUCUUCUGCAGUUAUAGCUACUAAUGCUGGUGCAGCCAAAGCUAACUCGGACUUUGACAUUGUUGUUGAUGAUGCUGCCACAACAUCAUUAACUGCUGGUGGACCACCUACUAUGUUUGGAAUUUCGAAUUCGGACAAGACUCAAGCUCCAGCAGGGCUUGGCGAAGGUAGCCCAAAGAGUGAAAGAUCAGCUGACAUGUUUCAUGAUGAUAUAUUUGGAGAGUCCCCUGCUGGUAAUCACAAAGUGGGUCACAUGCGAGGGAAAGGUGAUGGUGUUCCGAUGGUACGGAGCGGGCUUCAUGACAAUUGGGAUGAUGCAGAGGGUUAUUACAGCUAUCAGUUUGGCGAGCUAAUUGACGGCAGAUAUGAAGUCAUUGCUACUCAUGGAAAAGGUGUCUUCUCUACUGUGGUUCGUGCGAAAGAUUUAAAAGCUGGACCAGCUGAACCUGCAGAAGUAGCAAUAAAAAUUAUUCGUAACAACGAGACGAUGCAUAAAGCUGGCCAGACUGAGGUUCAGAUAUUGAAGAAGCUGGCUGGUGCUGACCGAGAUGACAAGCGGCACUGUGUUCGUUUUCUUUCAAGUUUUAAGUACCGGAAUCACCUUUGCUUGGUGUUUGAGUCGCUCCAUUUGAAUCUUCGCGAGGUUCUGAAGAAGUUUGGCCGUAACAUUGGCCUUAAACUCUCUGCUGUUAGGUCCUAUUCAAAGCAGCUAUUCAUUUCCCUUAAACAUCUGAAGAAUUGUGGGGUUCUUCACUGCGAUAUAAAACCUGACAACAUGCUGGUGAAUGAGAACAAAAACGUGUUAAAGCUUUGUGACUUUGGUAAUGCAAUGUUUGCUGGAAAGAACGAAGUCACACCUUAUCUCGUUAGUCGCUUUUACAGAUCCCCUGAAAUCAUUCUGGGGUUGGCUUAUGACCAUCCGCUUGAUAUAUGGUCGGUUGGCUGCUGUCUAUAUGAGCUUUAUUGUGGGAAAGUUCUUUUCCCUGGCGCCACAAAUAAUGAUAUGUUACGCCUUCAUAUGGAACUGAAAGGCCUUUUCCCCAAAAAGAUGCUUCGUAAGGGUGCAUUUAUUGAUCAGCACUUUGAUCAGGACUUGAACUUUUACGCCGCAGAAGAGGACACUGUCAGUGGGAAGAUGAUGAAGAGAAUGAUUGUAAAUGUAAAGCCAAAAGAUAUUGGUUCAAUUAUUAAGGGUUACGCUGGUGAGGAUCCCAAGCUGUUAGCUCAGUUCAGGGAUCUCUUAGACAAGAUGUUCAUCCUUGAUCCAGAAAAGAGACUGACUGUGUCACAGGCAUUAGCUCACCCAUUCAUCACUGGCAAGUGAAAUUACUGUUAUAUCAGAAAAUGCUGUUGUCCUAAGAUAUUUGUACAUUACGCAUCUUAUUUUACUGUGAGGUUCUAAUAUUUGAACUGUCUCCCUCUUUCUUCUGCUGCGUGAGAGCUUUCAUUACAAUGUCGGCAUGGGUGAUGGUGUUUGUGUGAAGCUCUCACCACUGCAAUUCUCAAUGGGAAUUUACUGGUUUUAUUGUAAGACAACCCGCUAAAUGGCGCUUUCUUUCUUUAGACUGCUCUGUAAUCUCAUUGCCGACUUUACUCAUUGUAGAAGUCUAUGUUUGUUGGAAACAUUCCAUCUGAAUAAGGAAAGGGCCAUUCUGAAUCGUAUUUUAAUUAUAUGAAAACUCUGUGAAUAUGAUUUGUGAUAGUGAAUUGCUUGAUUUUCUCUUUUGGUCUUCAUGAGGGGCCUGAUGUUGUUUUUCUCCAGGACAAGUACAAUCGAUUAGAGAACAGUCCUAAAGUCUUUCAAUGGUUUAAAGGCACACAGGAGAAGAGGUUUCGCUUGGAGGAGAGAGCCGCACAAGAGAAUAAAGUAUGAAGGGUCGUACUCUCUCCUCCUGCAAGGUUGGUUCACUGCUGCUUCCACAAAACCUCGAGGCAGUAACGAAGAAGUGCGUGCCGCUUUGGUUUCGUAGUUCAUUUCAUCCCACGUGUCACAGAUCAUCUGCUGCACGUGUGCAUGUGCCUCUUCCUCCGACGCUCCCGUCUCGUGCAUGUAACAUUGGGCUGAUUUGAGAACGUCUCCUCUCGCCAAUUCAUCCUUACAUAACAAACAAACACACUCAUUCGCUAGCAUACACGGAUAUAAACCAUAGCCUAAAAGUGUGCCUGUCUAGAG